UACAAGGGUAGUACACAUUACCCAAAGUCCAAACCAAACUAACCAAUUCCCAUUUUUCCCCCUUUCACCCUCCUCCUUCUCAUCAUCCAAUCCAAAAAGCCCAUACUUAAUCAACAAUCAUCUUCUCUCAAAUUCUUCCUCCAAGAAACUCAAAUCAAAGCAAAAAUGAUGCACAUGACGUUUUACUGGGGUAAAAAAGUGACAAUUUUAUUCGAUUUCUGGAGAACCGAUUCAUGGACAAGCUAUGCAAUCACUUUACUUGCUUGUUUUAUCUUCUCCGUAUUUUACCAAUACAUGGAAGAUCGUCGUCAACGCUUCAAGAUUCUGUCUAUCGCGAAUUCCAAGAAAAACAACUACCCUUCUCCAACACCACCGCCGCCUAACGCGGCCGUGAAUGCACCACUUCUUUACACUUAUCCGGCGGUGGGCGGUAAGUGGAAUUCUGCAAGAUUUGCUACUGCGAUACUCUUUGGAGUUAAUUCGGCUAUUGGGUAUUUUCUUAUGUUGGCUAUUAUGUCGUUUAAUGGUGGUGUUUUUAUUGCUGUUGUUCUUGGUUUGUCGACUGGGUAUUUGCUGUUUAGGACUGGUGAUGAUGAUGAUGUUGUUGUUGAUAAUCCGUGUGCCUGUGCUUGAAAUGAAUGGAAGGUGUUAAUGUUUUGUUGUAAUGGGGUUGGUUUCUUGUUUUUGUGUGGAGAAAUGAUAAUGAAAAUGUUUUUCCUUUUUUGGGGUUUUGAAUGUGUGGUUUUCGAGUCUUGUUGAUGUUUUACAUUUCCUUCUGUUGUUGUGUUUCUGGAUCUCAAUAUAAUUUUACAUUUCUUUCUGUCA